GUUUUACAAGACUGUUUUAGGCUUGAGGAGAACGCUUUUUUCUUGUAAAAAAUUUUUGCCAAACUACAAAUCAUAAACAUAAAUUUUGAUUGCCAUGUCCGAAAAUAAUGAGGCGUCGCUUGAAGCCAAUUGCUUCAGAGGCGGUUUUACUUUAAAAGCAUCGCGGCUAGGUGGAGCCGUCUUGCGGCCAGCUGUGCUGGGUGACAGUUCAGUAUUGGGCUCGGCUCAUAGCAAUACCAACAGCAACAAUAGCUCCACAGCGUUAGCCGGCGGAAACGAGAAGACUGAUGAAGAUGGCAUUGUGGGCAAUCCGUUUUUACGUGAGCAGAAGGAAGAGGAAGAUGAGGCGGCCGCCCAAGUGGUGGAGUCCACAGAGAAUAUUGAUAAAGAUGACGAUGAGAUUGAUGAGCGGCCGGAUCCGCUGUCAAUGCUGCGCAACAAUGGCAUCGAACGUUCCAACAUAUUUGCAGCGGCCAAGACCACUUUGCCGCGUGUUCAGACAAGUGGAUUUAUUUUCGGUCAGAACGUACACGAGCGGGUCGUGGGGGAAAACGUAAGCACAGAAUCGAAUGCAGAAGCUGCAUCGUCGGGCACGGCGGAAGCGACCUCAUCGCAGCUGCUGUUUUCCAGCGUCAUUCAAAAGGCUGCCCAAUCCACAGACAACAACAAGGACACGUCCGAAGCGAAGAGCCUCAACGAGGUGGCGCGGGAGUACGAGGAGAGCCGUGCCCAGAAACGUAAAUACGAGGAGGUAGAGACCUUUACCGGCGAGGAAAACGAAAUCAAUAUUGCCGAUGUUAGCUGCAAGCUGUUCGCAUUUGUCAGCAGCAACUGGGAGGAGCGUGGACGUGGCAGCCUGCGCCUAAACGAUGCCAAGGAUGAACGUGAUUGUUCGCGCGUCGUCUUCCGCACAUCGGGCAACUUGCGCCUGCUGGUGAACACUAAAGUCUGGGCGGCAAUGGUGGCCGAACGCGCUAGCCAGAAAUCACUACGUCUCACUGCUAUGGAUAACACGGGCACCGUUAAGAUCUUCUUGGCCAUGGGCCGACCCGCAGACAUUGCACAGGUGCACAAAGCGUUAAGUGAGCGCAUUGCCAAACGCAAGCUGACGCAUCCCGACGAGUGUGCCGUGGUGGAAGCCAAAAAUGGCAUUGCAUCUGAACCGUGCGCAGUCAGUGUACAGCCCGAAUCUACAACCAACGAUGAUGACGAGGAUGAGGCCGUCGGUGGCGCGGCCAAUCCAGUGCCGACCGCUGGCUCAACUACGGCCAUUGCUGAGGCGGAUAGCAACGAGCCCAGCCCAAAGAAGGCGCUUAUGCUGGCGGACAGCAGUGUGGAUGUUGUGGUGUCUGCGGCAGACAGUGAUGCCGAGGCAGAGCCCAAGGAGCUACCCGAGGAGGACGAGGAGGAGAGGGCUUAAAAUUAGCUGGCGUAUGUUUCUUUCUUUUUUUUCCCACUUUUUAUUUUAUUUUAGUUUUUGUUUGAAAACACACACACACAC